AUGCCUGCAUCAGUGAAUUACCGUGUCGUUGAACCGCAUCCGUCGGUCCCUCAUACCAGCCGCCCUGCUCUGCACACGGCUCGCGGAGGCGCUGGCAAUGUCAUCAACCUGAAGGGUACCAAGACCACCGACUCCCGCACGGCUACCGGUCCUGCUUCCUUGACCCGCCUGGACUCGAAUGUCCCCAGCACCUUCAAGUCUGGCCGUGGCGGUGCCGGCAACGUCCACAGCAGCAGCGAGCGCGCCAUCUUUAGCUUCGACGAAGAGCUUGAGCGUGAUCUCCGCCGUGCUGCCCCCGUCUACCAUGUCGGCCGUGGUGGAGCCGGCAACAUGGUCUUCAGCGACGACUCAUCCAGCACCCUCAGCCGCAAGUUCUCCGGCAGCAGCUCGAGUAGCUCCGGUUCUACUCGUGAACGGGCUCUCCGCGGUCUUGAGAAGGGCUGGGGCAAGCUUAGGGGCAUGGCAUAG